CAUGUUCUUUAUUUAUUAAAAUAAAAUGUGCGCUGAGCUCAGUUCAUGAGUUUAUAGUAUUUCUUUUUCAUUUAUUUGCCUAUAGGAAAAAAUUUAUUUCUAUUAAAUUAAAUUAGUAGAUUGUUGGCAUUUUCACUAUCUUGAAAAGAGAGUGUAAAUAUUUAUUUGUUAAAAAAGAGACAAAUAUUUUGGAAAUAAAAUAUUCUAAAUAAAUUUUUUAUAUACAUAGUUUUAUAGUAUUUACUUAGUUUUACAAAAUGAAAGCUGUUACACCAAAAGAGCUUGUAUCUCUCCAAAAGGACCCAAGGCAUAUUCGACAUAUAUGUAUUAUGGCACAUGUUGAUCAUGGUAAAACUACUCUUGCUGAUUCACUUAUAGCAAGCAAUGGAAUAAUUUCUCAAAAAAUGGCUGGAAAGCUUCGUUAUAUGGAUAGUCGAAAAGAUGAACAAGAAAGAGGGAUCACAAUGAAAUCUAGCUCAGUCUCUAUUCAUUAUCAAAAAGAUGAGGAGUGUUAUCUUAUUAAUGUCAUUGAUUCACCUGGUCAUGUUGAUUUUGUGGGUGAGGUUUGCACUGCAGUAAGGCUAUGUGAUGGAGCAAUUAUUUUAGUUGAUGUUGUUGAAGGAAUUUGUCCUCAAACAAAAACUGCUCUGCAACAAGCUUGGAUCGGACAUAUUCGACCUUUACUUGUUUUAAAUAAGAUUGAUAGAUUAAUUUUAGAAUGGAAGCUAACUCCCUUAGAUGCUUAUGCUCGUCUAGUUCAAAUUUUAGAACAAGUAAACGCUAUUAUGGGAGAACUUUUUGCUACAGCUGUUUUGAAGAAAUCAGAAAAUCAGGCAAAUACAAAUGAUGAAUCAAGCAAUUGUGAUAAACAGGAAUUUGAUUGGAGUAAUGGACUAGAUGAUGCUGAUGAUUCUACAGUUUAUUUUUCUCCUGAACAAGGAAAUGUAGUAUUUGCCAGUGCAUUGGAUGGUUGGGGUUUUGGAGUUUCUCAUUUUGCUAAGCUGUUUGCAUCUAAGCUUGGUGCUAAAGAAGAAGUACUUAAAAGAACCCUUUGGGGGGACUUUUAUUUUAAUUCAAAGACAAAACAAAUAUUAAGAGGAGCCCAGGCAAAAGCUAAAAGACCAUUAUUUGUGCAGUUUAUCUUAGAAAAUAUUUGGUCAGUUUAUGACUCAGUCUUAAUACAAAGAGACAAUGUCAUGGUGGAGAAAAUAAUUAAAUCUCUGAAUUUAAAAAUUCCACCUAGAGAUGCUAAUCAUAAAGACCCUAAAGUCAAACUUCAAGCAAUUUUUGCUCAAUGGCUACCAUUGUCUGAUUCAGUUUUAGAAAUGGUAUGUAAUUUUGUUCCAAGUCCUCUUGAGUUGAGUGAAGAGAAGGUAGAAAGUUUAAUGUGUUCUAGCUCUCUAAAAUUUGAUGCAUUGCCCCAGGAAACUCGUAAAUUAAAAUCAGACUUUUUGAAAUGUACGCCUGAUAAAGAUGCCCCUGUAAUUGUCUGCAUUUCCAAAAUGUUUCCGACUGAAAAGAGAAUGUUACCUGAAAAUAGACAAAGACCUUUAACUGCUGAAGAAAUUGCUGAACGAAGAGAAAGGGCUAGACAAAGGCAUGCAGAAAAAAAUAAAAUUGAACAGCCAGCACCCGAGUCUCAAACAGCUGCUGCUGAAAUAUCAGAUUCCGCAAAAGAGGACAUUCAUGAUGAAAACAAUUCUGAAGAUGAUACUGCUUUUAUUGCCUUUGCUCGUGUCUACAGUGGUACAAUUUAUAAAGGUCAGCAGCUAUAUGUGUUAGGACCAAAACAUGAUCCUGCAAAGGCCUUAAAAAUGGAUGCACCUAUUUCAGAAGAAAUAACAGUUCAUGAUCUUCAUCCAGAACAGCACAUAACUUUAGCUACGAUCAAAAGCCUUUAUCUACUUAUGGGCAAAGAAUUGAUAGAGCUUAACGAAGUUCCUGCUGGAAAUGUCAUUGGAAUUGGUGGCUUACAAGAUCAUGUUCUAAAAUCAGCAACUCUCUCCAGCACUAUAGCGUGUCCUAGUUUCAUUGAUUUAUAUUCCUCUACAGUCCCGAUAUUAAGAGUUGCUCUGGAACCAUGUCAUCCUAAGGAAAUGUCAUCACUUGUGAAAGGUUUGCGUCUUUUGAACCAAGCUGAUCCUUGUGUUCAAGUAUUUGUCCAAGAAACUGGAGAACAUGUUCUGGUAUCAUCUGGAGAAGUUCAUUUGCAACGUUGUGUUGAAGAUCUCAAAGAAAGGUUUGCAAAAAUUGAUAUAAAUGUUUCUGCUCCCAUUGUACCAUUUCGUGAAACAAUAAUUCCUCCUCCAAAGAUUGAUAUGGUAAAUGAAGUUAUUGAAGAAAAGAAUCAGCAGAAAAAAAUUUCAAAGGUAGAAGGUGAAAUAUUAGAAGAGAUAGAUAAUGAUGGAUGCAUCUUGGUGAAAACACCUAACAAACUGUCAAGCUUGAAAAUUAGAGCAAAGCCUUUGCCACCAGAGAUCGCCAAACUUUUAGACGAAAGUGCUUCCCUUUUAAAAAUUUUAGAUCUAGUAUUUUAUGCUCGUAAUAGUGGUGAAAGUGAUGACAUUUUAACACCUGAAACUAUUGCUGCAAUUAAGGAACUGAAAAAUAAAUUGCAUGAACACUUUUCUGAAGCAGGCAGUGAGUGGAAUGACGCUGUUGAUCAGAUUUGGUCAUUUGGACCUAGAAGGUGUGGUCCAAAUAUUUUAUUAAAUCGAAUACCAAGUUAUAAACGCCCAUCAGUGUUUACUGACUCUUCAACAGAGUGUGACUCGCCUCAUUUAAAUUAUGAUAGCACUUUUGUUAGUGGAUUUCAACUUGCUACUCUUUGUGGACCUUUAUGUGAUGAGCCUAUGAUGGGUGUUUGCUUUAUUGUUGAAGACUGGACAUUUGAAAAAGAAGCCUUUACUGUUGUAGAUGAUGAAAUUGUAGAUAAGGCUCUGGGAAAGUUGGAUCUAAAUGAUGAUAUAAUAUCCAAGGAUAUUUCAAGACUAUCCAAAGAAUGUGAUACUGAGAGCAUUGGGUCCAGUAUACCCAGUAGCUCUAACAGUACUCCUUUUGGACCUUUUACAGGACAAAUAAUGUCUACAGUUAAAGAUGCUUGCAAAAAGGCAUUCCAGGCUCAACCACAGAGACUGAUGUGUGCUAUGUACAGUUGUAAUAUUCAAGUACCAACAGAUAUGCUUGGUAAAAUGUACGCCGUGCUUGGUCGCCGUAGUGGCCGCGUUUUACAUGCGGACAUGGAGGAAGGUUCUCAGACUUUCCAUGUGAUAGCCGAGCUACCCGUCAUUGAAAGUUUCGAUUUUGCAAAUGAGAUUCGCAAGCAGACCAACGGUUUAGCACUACCACAACUGGUUUUCAGUCACUGGGAGGUUGUGGACGUUGAUCCUUUCUGGUCUCCGCGCACCGAGGAAGAAUACGCGCAUUUCGGUGAAAAGGCAGAUGUCGAAAAUCGAGCUCGAAAGUAUAUGAACAAUGUCCGCAGAAGAAAAGGACUUGCCGUGGACGAGAAGAUCGUGGAGCACGCAGAAAAGCAAAGAACUCUAAUGAGGAAAAAAUAAGCUUCUACAAAUAAAUUUUACUGUUGGCAGCAUGUAUACUUACUGACUGUAUUGUUUUGUAAUUAAACUUCUUUUAAAAUUUCUUUUAGCUUGAUCAAAUCAUGUCGUGCUGCCAUCUGGUGGGUAUUGUAAAGAUUAGAAAAGGUUGUGAUUGAAAAUCUAAAUAUGUAUUUCAUAAAGUUUUUAAAGAAAUAAAACUAAUAGUUUUGUUACUGUGCUUCAAAUUUUAUGAAAAUGAAUAUAUUAUAUUAAUUCUAAUAAUAUAUACAAUAUUUUUGAAGCAACCAUUUUCAUUGUUAGAAAUUCUUGUUUGCAAUAAAAGAAAGACUAGGAGAACAUUUGCUUGGUCUAUACGAUAGUGAUCUACAUAUAAAUUGGACUCAAAUUG